CACACAUAUAUAUAGACACGCACAAUAUUGGAGUAUAGAGGGGGCAAAGGGAGGUCUGUGAGAGAGAGAGGUGGCGUAAGCUUCUCCUACUUGCGGAAGGAGGAAUCAUUUGGAAGAGAAGAGGUGUUGCAAUGGGUGCAGAAUUUCAGCCUUCAAAGAACAAUCACGAAGAAGAAGUGGAGUGUGAUUCAGGUGAUAGUGCUCCUCAUCCUCUCAUUCUCGGACUCCAACCCUCUGCCCUCAUCGACCAUGUGGCCAGGGUCGAUUCCUCUCUUCUCUCCCAAAUCCCCGGAGAGUCCGGUGGCUCCUUCCCGGUUGCAAUUGAAGAGCUCGAGUACAUAUUGAGGGAGGUGAAAACCCAUAUGCUUUCUUUACCAAAUGAUCCAUCUUAUAUGAAGACAAUUGCUGGGGGCAGUGUUGCUAAUACUAUUAGAGGACUAGCUGCUGGCUUUGGCCUCUCCUGUGGUAUAAUUGGAGCCUACGCGGAUGAUGAGCAAGGCCAUUUGUUUAAAAGUAACAUGAGCUUUUAUGGGGUGAAUAUCUCAAGAUUGAGGAUGAAAAAGGGACUUACUGGUCAGUGUGUUUGCUUGGUUGAUUCAUUGGGGAAUCGUACAAUGCGGCCUUGUCUCUCAAGUGCUGUUAAAAUUCAGGCAGAUGAGUUAACGAGAGAGGAUUUUAAAGGUUCCAAGUGGUUGGUAAUGAGAUAUGCAGCAUUCAAUUUGGAACUUAUUCAUGCAGCUAUUACGAUUGCCAAACAAGAGGGCAUUUUUAUCUCCUUAGAUUUGGCCAGCUUUGAGAUGGUUCGAAAAUUCAGAUUACCUCUUCUACAAUUACUGGAGUCAGGGAACAUAGACCUUUGCUUUGCGAACGAGGAUGAAGCAACAGAGUUGCUAAGGGGUGACCAAGUUGCUGAUCCUGAAGCUGCUCUAGAAUUUUUGGCCAAACACUGUCGAUGGGCCGUGGUAACACUGGGCCCUAAUGGAUGCAUUGCAAAACAUGGAAAAGAGAUUGUCCGGGUUCCGGCAAUUGGGGAGUCAAAAGCAGCUGAUGCCACUGGAGCAGGGGACCUGUUUGCAAGUGGGUUUUUGUAUGGAUUGGUGAAGGGACUAUCACUAGAGGAAUGCUGCAGAGUGGGCUCAUGCAGUGGUGGUUCUGUUAUUCGUUCUCUCGGGGGCGAGGUAACACAGGAAAACUGGCAGUGGAUGUAUAAGCAAAUGCAAACCAAGGACCUCCCUGUCCCUGAACCUGGCAAAUGAUGUGCCUUGAAGAAGAUUAAAUCUCUUUUCGGGGUCAUCACGGAAUGUGGUUACUUCUCGAGUCUUUUUCAUUUUUUAUCAAUUUUAAGCAUAAAUUAUGAAGUUGAAUUUUGGAACUACUGGUUCGUUUAAUGCAUGCAAGACCACUUUAUUUGUCGACAAAA